AUGAAAGCUGAGACAGAAGAGGGAGAGUUUGUGGGUGCCCUGCUAAAAAUGGACGUCUUUUUGGACAACUACAAAGACACUCCUUUCUACAACAGCAUAAACACGCUGGCAAAUGUAAACUCAAAAAUCCGCCGCACAAAGCGAGACGGCAACUGCUUUUACUACUCGAUUGUUUUUCUUAUGCUGGAGCACUACUGCACGCCUGGGCACGCAGCACUGCUUAUAAACACUCUAAACACACUAAACAAUGACCUGCUGCUUUCCGGGGUUGAGGACUAUCUAAUAAAGGAAUUUACAGACCCAAUUGUGAGUACUCUUAAGGCAGCGGCAACUGGUGAAUCUCCAAAUAUAGAAGAACUGGACAGCAUAUUCUGGAACUACACUGUAACAUACUUUAGAAUGGUUACUUCUGCGUACAUAAAAAAACACAAGGAAAAGUACGCUGGAUUUAUAGAGGGAGACGUCGAGGAAUACUGCCUCAAGAGUGUGGAGGCGUCUUUCCAAUACGCAGGAGAGAUAGAAAUGAUAGGAAUCGCCGAGUCCUUUGGGAUUUCGUUUGACGUGGUGUGUAUUGAGGGCGGCUGCAUGGAAAGGCUUACUCGGGGAGAGGGCGAGAAAAUAGGGUGUCUUUUGCUUAUGUCGGAGCACUUUGACAUUCUAUACACAUAA